AUGGAAUCUCUCCUCUCACUCGCCUUCGACAACCUGUCGUCGUUUGACGGCGCCAAGAUCAAGAAGGGUCUCAAGCAGGUGGAAGGGCUCCUCGCGCAGAUCUGCCUUUCGGGGCCGAGCAGUUCGCGGAAGCCAGCAGCAGCAGCAGCGCCGGCCACUGGACAGCAGCAGGAAGACAAGACGUCGUCGGCGGCCCCAACAUCGCCGCCGCGCAAGGUGCUCUCGGACCUGCCCGGCGACCCGGCGUUCCGGGAGUUCUUCAAGCUGCAGGAGGGCUUCGAGUGGAACGUGGCGCAGCGCGUGCUGACGACGCUCGACUGGCUGGUCGCGCGCGGUGGCGACGGCAAGUACGACCUACUGAUCGUCAACGCGCUGGACCUGAUCCAGGGCGUGCUGUUGCUGCACCCGCCGAGCAAGUCGCUCUUCUCGCGGAGCGUGCACAUGAAUCUCCUCCUCGACCUCAUCGAACCCAUCAACUGCCCGGCGAUCCAGAGCGCGACCAUCAUCACGCUGGUGGUGGCGCUGCUCGACGCGCCGCACAACAUCCGCAUCUUCGAGCAGCUCGACGGCCUGCUGACCAUUACGUCGCUGUUCAAGAGCCGCGACACGGGCCGCGAGGUAAAGUUCCGCCUGACCGAGUUCCUGUACUUCUACCUGACCCCCGAGACCCCGUCCAUCCCGCGCGCCAACCCGGCCGCCGGCCCCGGACUGCUGCAGCGCAGCCCCAGUAAGCUGGCCAAGGUUUUCGGAGGUGGUGCUGGCCGCGUCGCUGCAAGUUCCAAUUCCAACGCUGCGGCAGAGGCCGCCGCCGGCCGCGACAGGGCCGCCAGCGAGAGCAACGGCAACACCCUGUCCGUCGAGACCAAGAAGCACUACGUCGACCGCUACCUGCCCGGCGUCGUCGACGAGCUGCUCAAGGACCUGGAUACGUACAAGCCGUUUGACGGGGUGGCGCUGUGA